CCCAUUCAACCCUUCUAAACCGGUGAGAAUGUGGGUGUUUUCCUAGUUUCGGCCAAACACCAUGCCGGUCUGUCGAAGUUACAUAAAAAAAAUUAUACAAAAAUGUUAUAAUAGUUAUUCUACAAGACCAAGAAUAUUUGUUUUCCUGAAAAGUUAUUACACCUUGUCACGUGAGAAGUGCAACCUAAAUUUCGUCAUCACACAAGUAGAGGCAUCUUGACAACGCUAUCCUCAAAUUAUUUUUUUAUCACACGAAUGUGUGUAUUAAUCAUACUAUUUAGCGAUAUGACAGUAAGUGAAAUGAUUAGAAUUAUUCUGCUAUUAACCAUCUGUUCGACUAUGCUACCAGACUGCCAUGGCGCACCUGCUGUGGUAAAAGAUCUACAAAGAGAACGUCGUGGCGCUGAUGAUGAGAACGGUAUUCCAGCAUCCCCAAUGGAAGAAGAGAGCGACGGCGCCUUUCAGUCCGACAUCAUGCUGACAGACGAACAAUGGGCGAAUCUCUGGGAGAUGCUUGAUGACGAGCGUGUUCAUGGCGACCGGAGAAGAAAGAAGAGAAAAGCAGUGAUCUUCCAGCACAGAAGAUGGCCUCUGAAGACAGUACCCUUUGAGUUAUCCAGUGAUUCUGCCGGUGACAUCGGGGUGAUCAUGGCGGGUAUGAAGCAGUGGACCGAUCAUACCUGUAUCAAGUUCCAACCUUACAGUCCAGAUCAGAUCUACAGUGAACUCGGGCACAAUUCUAGACUCUCAUUUGUGAAGGAUUCCCGAGGCUGUUGGUCGUAUCUUGGUCGGGUGUUCUCCGGUGCUCAGCAAAUCUCAAUUGGGGUGGGAUGCGAAUCGCCAGGCGUCGUCGCGCACGAGAUCGGCCAUGCCAUCGGGUUUCACCACGAGCAGUCUCGCCCUGAUCGUGAUGACCACGUGACUAUCCACUGGAACAACAUCCAAUCAGGAACCGAAGUGAACUUUGUUAAGUACACCACCAAUCAGGUGACGACACAUGAGAUCCCAUACGAUCCCGGCUCGCUCAUGCACUACGGCACUCAUUACUUCUCCAAAAAUGGCUUUCCAACAAUCACCACGAAAGAUCUUUCCAAACUUGACCUACUCGGCAACCGCGAUUACCUCAGCUUUCUCGACAUCAAACUCGCCAACAUAAUUUACAAAUGCAACGAGGAGUGCACUACGGAGAUCGUGUGUCUCAACGAUGGUUACCAGGGGCCUAACUGCAACUGUGUGUGCCCACCGGGUUUCAGCGGGACCUUCUGCCACCAGACAGGUGACCCAGUAGAUCCUGUGGGCCCUUCUGAAGAAUGUAUGCACACAUACACUGCUGCCUACGGUGAGAUCAAGUCUAUUAACUACCCCGGGAACUAUGACGACAUGUUUGAUUGCAGCUAUCGCAUUCAGGGAGGGCAGGGGUCGUCGAUCUCACUCGUGUUCAGUGAUUUCGACUUCGAGGACCAUGAAAACUGCGAAUACGACUACCUCAAUAUCCGAUCAGGUGACAGUGACCUGACAGGAAAUACAUACUGCGGCAGUGAGCGUCCACCCGCGUUCUAUACACAGAAUAGCGAGAUGAUUUUGACAUUUCACUCUGAUCCUUACGUCAACGGUCGUGGAUUCCGUGCUACCUAUAACAUCAUCGGUCCCCUGGUCGGAGAGGAAUCAACGACUGUUCCAACGACCACGGCCCAGACAACAACACAGAUGACCACGACAACCGAAGGAGAGAGUGGAGAGUUCGUUGGUUCUUGCGGUGGAUAUUUUUCAGCUCUGACUGGCACUUUGGCUUCUCCAAAUUAUCCGGCCGACUAUUCGAACAACGCUGUCUGUUACUACACCAUGGUCGCUCCCGCCGGUCGUCGCAUCGAGCUCACUAUUCACCACCUUGACGUCGAACCCUCGACCGAGUGUGAGGGCGAUUACGUCAUUGUGAAUCCAGGCAGCGGGAUUGAAGUCUUAAUGAGGCUCUGUGGGUCUCAGGCGCCAGGCGGGACCUUUAUUUCUUUACAGAACUGGCUCCAAAUUCGAUUUAGGUCUGAUUCCUCUGGCACACGCUCAGGAUUCACAGCCUCAUAUCGCACCGUAGACAUCAUCUAACCAUGACAUCUAACUCUGGUUCAGGUGGGCGUUUCAUGAAGAUUUUUGUACGACUGAACACACGACUGAUGACCAUUUCUGUUGCUAAAUGAUAUAUCCCCAUGUAUAGCUGACUCGCCGCCUAAGAACAUAGUCCAAUCGUUCGUAAAGUCACUCGUAACUUUACAAAGAGCUUAAUGAAACAGGGCUAUGGCGCCCUUAAUAUUUUAAGGAAAAAAGGAACUUACAGGACUGAGGAAGAUGCUGGAUAUAUUAUGAAAGCUGGGAGACUUGAUUACGUGCUUACAGAUUGAUGUAAGUUAUUGAGAAGCUGACUGGCAUUCCGAAUAUUGUGCUAUAUUUCAGAUUGUGCGGAGUUUGGAAAGGAGAAUAACUUGUUUGCUAUUAAUAGGAACAGGGGCGGUGGAUCGAAUUUGAAAGUGGGGUGGCACAGGGAGAUAAAGGGCACUUUAGAUUUUGAAAAGUGCAUCUUAAAACAAAGUACGAUAAAAUUGAAAUAAAAUAUCUACCCCACUCUAACAUGUCUCAAAUAAUAAUUAAAAGUCGUUAACAAGAAAACACUAUUAGGCGUUUAUCCUUAUCCAAGGAUACGGGUGCACACCGUAAAUCCCCCCCCCCCCCAAGAAAGGUUCCCUUCAUUUUUGUCUAGCCUCUGCAAGCAGAGCGAGAUUAUAGGCGCCGCUUUUCCGACGGCGGCGGCGUAGUCAACAUCAAAUCUUAUCCAAGGUUAAUUUUUUGAAACGACAGCAUAACUUAAAAAGUAUAUGGACCUAGCUCAUGAAACUUAAACAUAAGGAUAAUCAAGUAUUAUUGAACAUCCUGUUUUGUUUUCAGGUCACAUAAGUAAGGUCAAAGGUCAUUUUGGGUCAAUGAACUUGACCAUGUUGGAGGAAUCCAUAUCGAAAUUUUAACAUAAGGUGAAAGGGUAUAUUUCAUUGGGAAAAUAGUUUUUUCCAACGGGAAAUUGUGACAGGCAAGUACCCCCUUCCUGUGAUUUUGCUUUCCCUGCAAAAAAGGAGGUGCUAAUUGUAAUCAAAUUACUUUAACAGACUGAAAGUUUUAAACAAACUAAUGAGAUCAAACGGGGCACUUGAUGUGAAAGGAACACACUGCAAAAGAGAAAUUUCACUAUGAAAAAAAGGAGCUAAAGGGUGCAAUAAAAACAUUUUGAAAAGCGAUUAUCCAACUGAUAGAUGUACUUUCAGAAGGGAACAGAACGCUAAAAAGGAGAGCUUGGUCGGACAUGAAAAGAGCAAAAUAAGAAAGGCCGCUUAUCUCAUCCGAGAAAAAGCACUUACAGGAAGAAAGGAGCACUCGUUAACUCACGGGUCCUUCUAAGAUGGAAAGGGGCACUGAACACGUUUGCCAGAGGGUUUUUUAUUCGGCAGAAAGGGACACAUUAAUGCUCAAAAAAGUGGGGGAGUUGUUCCUCCUACCCCUUGGAUCGCCCCCGAUGAAGGAAUGAUUUGUCACACCAUUUUGCCUGUCUUUUCUUUUUGCUUAAAACGUUAGGGAGCAAAUUCGUUAUUGAUAUAAAUAUCUUAAUAAACAGGUUUUCAUUUAUCUUUACCUCUUAAAAAAUCGGCGAAAAUCGAUCGAAAUGGUGUCGUACAAAAGUGUUUUAAUGAUGAUGUACGAUCGCUGAAUCGUUAAUUAUUAGUACUCUGAUUUGAGGUAUUUGAUGUUUUUUCAAGGAUGUAUAAUCAUGAUAUUAAUUGAUUUGUACAAUUGUGUUUCAUCCGAUUGGCAGUGCAAUAAUCGAGAUGAGGAUGAAUAAUAAUUUUGUCUAGCAGUCUUAUAACUUCUCUUCUUGUAAUAGGGUCUUAAAAAUAAAUUCUUAGUGCCUUUGAUAGGGCUGAUAUUCUCAAUGUGCUGUUUCCUUGAAAAUCGAUGGAUCGGUAAUAGUAUCAAAACGUUUCGAAAAGUAUUAUUAUAAAAUAAUGUUGAAUUUAGACAAAGAUGAACAGCAUAUUCAAGGAUAAAGGAGGAUAAUGAAUUUGUAAAGGGUUGUACUUCUAAACCCGUAAUUUUCAUCAGCACUGCCAACUUCAAAAUCGCCAUAGAACACAAAUUGAGAUUACUCAAACUGUUAUAGUAGCUGAUGGAACUUUAUAAAAUCAACUUGAUCCCAUCUACCCCGUAUUAAAUUUGAUAUUUUUGCAGGGUUCCAUUUAAUUCCAAGCAUUAUUCUCAAUAUUAUCUGGAGAAAUCUCGACAUGCAAUCAUUUAAGGCCUGUUGUAAUAGUGUGAUUUCAUUUUCAGUUUACUCUUAUUUUUAGAAUUAUUUUUACACAUAAAAAUGCUGUUUUAAUUUUAGAUACUACACUGUGUUAUAUAUUAAUACUAUAUUUAAUACAGUUUAAAGAAGUGUUAAAAAUCUUAAAUAGCGAAGUUGUAACAUAUUAAAUCUUCAAUAAAUC